AAAUUCAAAGCAAGAAAGAAGAAUAAAAUGACUCAAAUUUAUGGCAAUUGGAUUUUGGAAAUGCAAAAAAUUGUUGAAAUUAGAGAGAGGAAUAUUAAGUUUCUCGAAGAAUCGCAUCCUUUUGACGACCAACGUUUACGUUCUUUAGAUGCUACAUUAAAAAAAGUGACAGCAUUUACCAAAAAAUUGAAAAAUGUAUCGUCAACGACAAUUAGUCAAUUAUUACCAGAUUUGGAAAAAUUAAAUUUGAGGUAUUGUGUAGUUCCCCCCCCCCCCCCUCUUCAUGAGUCGUCACGCCCCUUUACUUAUUUCCUUUCCCCACCCCUUAUCAAUAUGGGCCCAAAUGUCAUGCUUUAA